AUGACAGAUCACAUCACGUGGCCUUUCCUAGAACACGCCUACACUGAAUCUGCCACAACCAAUCAUGACGAACAAUCACCUGAGUCAGGCGUAGACCGCGGUGGUGGCAGAGGAAACGAUAGUGGCCGUGGUAACGAAGAUGAUCAUGCAUUUCAAGCUAUUAAUUUUGAUCAAUGGAAGCAGUCUUCUUCAACUCGGCUUCCACUCACUACAGAACAACUAGACAAAUUGUUCAAACUCCUCGAGUCUCCAACUUCUUCUUGCUCUAUAGCAACAAAAGCGUACGUAGUAGAUAUGAAUACGAAUGAAAUUCACAUUACUAUACAUGUGAUAGAGCUGGACUAUUAUGAUAAGAGAAGGUAUUAG